AUGAAGGGCCGAAGGUUGAACAUUAAUCAUGUCUUGCAUUCGCGCUCAACUGGCCUCUGCUACCCCGGCUUUCUAAUGAUAUUUUCGAUAGCGUUCUGCGCACUACUCACGCUUGAGGUGGAAGGAAUGGCGGCACGAGUCGAACCCACACGCCCCGUUACCGAAUUGGUGAAGCCGGCUCAAUCAGUGCAUCUUUAUGAACAUUUCGCCAAGCCCGACAACAACGUUGUCACAAUCGAUGUUCCAGCCGUCGAUCAUGCCAGGUAUCCAGUCCGCCUGUACCCAGUAGGUCAACUCCCAGCCAAUGGACCUCCCGGCAAAACACUUGAAGUAUGGCCCCAGGCACAAGUAUACCCUAUGCCCGAGAAAUCUAAGAAAAAGUUCAAGUGGAGCAGUCUUCCCAGUAGAAUCAAGAACGCCAUCAAACAAUUGUUCGCCGAAUUCAAGAAACUAUUCCGCUCGCGGAGAAAGAAUAAAUAUUAUCCAACAGCCUCAGUAAAACCCUCUGAAGUUUACGGAGUAGCCCCAGGAGCUACCAUGAAGCCGAACGAAGGAGGCCCACGAUCUCGCAUCAAUGCACACGUAGUAGCCCAAGGACAACCCACUGAAGCAAACCAUAUAGCACCUGCUACUAACAGUCCAUCAAACCCAAGCCAAGUCGCGGAUGCCUACCUUAGUCACUCUUCUUCUUCUUCUUCUGCCACCAGUGGCCGUCUGGAUCAAGGAAGCUCCGAUGGCGGCUCCUUUUCGGACGGGUCUAGUGAUUACUGGAGCUCUCCACGCCAUCAACCGUCAUCGCGCCCUGCACCUCUGCAACCGUCAUCGAGCCCUCCACAUCUGCAGCCACGACCAGGCACCGAGAGCUCGCUGGGCGUCUUGGAGAGAAAAACGAUAGCCACUUUCCUGCCCAGAUCCGCAACAUGGGUUCCCAUUGACUACCUCCCGGGUUACGCGACUACACAAGGAUUUAUAAAACCGGAUGGAAACUGUAUGUUCAGAGCAUUUGCGCACAUUGUCUUCCAAGAUCAAGAACAGUACGCGGAAAUCAAGCAGAAGAUAGUCGACUACAUAAAGAAGAACUCGGAUGAAUUCGUAAGGCAUAUGGACGGACCACCAGAUCUAAAUGAACGAUUGCGGAUACACCUUCAAAAGCUAGACAACGGAGGAUGGGGUGGUCCUGUGGAACAGGCUGUCUUUGAAAGGCUCUACCAGAAAAAUCACAUCAUUCUGAUUGAUCGAAAAAAGUCUGUGCAUGCUAUGGUCUACAAUUUAGAUAAAUCCUCCAACAAAUAUGCGGGCCUAUUUUUACGUGGGGAGCAUUACGAGCUACUGGCAGAAGGUGAGCCACUUCAACCCAAACCCAGUCCUUACUAA